AUGCGAACAGACUUCCUUUUGGAUAAAUCACAACUGUUGCUGCUUCUCUUGUUUCACCACCCAAGCCAGAUCAUGUCAGAGUUCUCGUUGACAGACGCUUUAGGAGAUGACACUCCCAAAGAGGCCAAAAAGAUAGGGAACACAAAUCCAUCUGCCCCGCCCUCAAACCCUGGCUGGCCUGGCUCUGCUCCUGGCGCCCCGUCACAGCCCCCAGGCUCGGGACAGUACCCUUCUGGAUCUCCAUACUCAGCCCCCGGGGGAUUCCCUCCUCCAGGGCCCGGUGCUCCAGGACCUGGACAGUUCCCUCCUGGUGCUCCGGGGCAGUUCCCCUCCAGCCCAGGAGCUCCAGGCCAGUUCCCUCCACACUACCCCCCAGAAGCUGUCCCAGGACAGCUGCCUGGAGGCCCCAUGCCCUACCCUUCUGGACCCUUCCCUUCCGGGCCAGGAGCACCAGCUGGACCCUACCCCAAUGUGCCUUUCCCCGGAGCUCAACCUGGAGCUCCUGGUGCAUUUCCUCCGGGCCCUGACGUCUUCCCUCCCUUCCCCUCUGGAGGUUUCCCCCCCAUCCCCCCAGGCUCGUGGGGGGCACCUGCAGCUGGGGGCUUCCCUCCGGCUCCUGGUCCGUUUGGCCCCGGUCCCGCGGGUCCAUACGGAGGUUCCAUGAUGGUGCCGUUCGACCUUCCGCUCCACGCUGGAAUAAUGCCCAACCUUGUAAUCACAAUUGUGGGUGAACCUGUACCUGGGGCAGAUAGGUUCCAGGUCGACCUGAUAAAGGGCUCAGACGUGGUGUUCCACUUAAACCCUCGCUUCCCUGAAAACACCAUCGUCAGGAACUCGAACCUGGGAGGAUUCUGGGGCCCAGAGGAGCGAGACGGCUAUUUCCCAUUUGUGCAGGGACAGAGGUUUGAGCUGAAGAUCCUGGUGGACGAGGACGAGUUCAAGGUGGCGGUGGACGGCACUCACCUGCUGGAGUACGAGCACAGAGUGGGUGGCCUGGAGGAGGUCACGCUGCUAAGGAUCAUGGGAGAUGUAGUCCUGUACAGCGCCGCCCCUAGCAUGAUCUCAUAA